CGCGUUCUGCUCGUUUAGCUCAAUCUGACAGCGAAGCAGUCAAAGAGAAAAAUAUUAUCGCUUGUGGUCUACAUUUUGCGUGAAUUUUUCGUGUUUAAUUCAAUAGUUUUGCAAUUAAAUAACAAUUAUAACAGGUGUCUUCCCCAACGAAUGAAGGCUUUCCGAAAUGAGUGCAACGGAACCGGAAAAUACCAAUAGUGUUAUUGCAUCAGCUACCGACGAUAGUACGCCGGCGGUAGAUGAUGGAUCGUUGAUUUCCCCAGCGGCGUCCAGCGCGAAAAAGGCGGUGGUUGAAGGAAUCGACGCCACAAUGAGCGACGACGACAACAAAGUGAUCACGACGCUUGAAACGCCGAAAUCUACCAAGGAAAAGGUGAUUAUCCACAGUCAGACGAUCAUUAAACCAACCGGAUCGUCACAAGAGGCAAAAUCGUCUAAUGAUUUGCUGACUAAAAUGAAAAAUCGUCUGAGUAAGCAAAUCGAUUUAAGUGUUAUUUCUACUCCGAAAUCGCAUCAGAUUGCCGGGUCGCACGAUUCCAGCGGGUCGAUUGAAAUUCCGGCGGAUUUUAUAUUGGGUAGCGACAUACCGGCAACUCCAGCGGCGGCACACGCUACGAAGGAAGAACUGGAGGAUCACGAUUUAAUUGCGAUCCUAGAGGGAGACGACGUGGACAUUACGGAGACGGCGACCGAAAUUGAAGUCAGGGUCGGCGGGGGAGACGAAGGUACGUAUGACGGAGAGCAACUAUUGGAGGAAAUUCAUAUCUCUAUCGUAGAUGAGCAGGACCUGGAAGCGGAGAAGAAAGAACGGGAGCGGGAGAUCGCUAUGAGACAAAUGGCCACUCUUCCAACUCAACCGAAAGGACGCAAACCGAAGCCAAUGUUUACGGAUGGGAUACAGGAUGUUAAAACGCCAACCGUAAAAACAAGCCCUGUCAAACGGCCUGCUCCUAAAGUCGAACCAGUAACUGUACCAGCUAUGAUAAAAGCUGUUCCUGUGCAGAAGGUUACCACGGUUGCAAAACCUAGCUUGGAGAUAAGAAGUCUUCCUAUACUUCCUGCAAAAUCACCUCCGGGACAAGUCACUAUCAAAGGCCAGACAACGAUCAAACCAAUUCCUCGACCAAUCAUUAUCAAAUCGGAACCAACUGAUUCCCCAUCGCCAACUAAAAAGGUCAUGGUUCCACCUGUUAAGCCUGUUGUUAUUUCAAAGCCUUUGUCUCAAAAACCUGGGUCACUUAUGAAACCGACCCAACCAACAAAAUCAUCAUCAAGCGCAUUGCCACCGAAAACAGCAUCUACUUCAAAAACGUUAACUCAAAAGUCAUCUUCCAGUACUCAAAAAGCAAAUCCACCGGUACCUAGACCAAUACCUAUUCCUGUAGCAAAGAAGCCCAACGACGAUCUUAUCAGUUCUCUCGUUUCCGACUGGGAUGACGAGCCACCGAUAGUUCUGAAGAAAGAGCCAAUGAGUCCAGUUGCUUCCCCUCCCGUGUCUCAACAACCGACGACGGCAAACAUUACGAUGGGUCCACCGCAGCCACCAACGCCGGAGGAGCCCGUGAAACGUUCUCGUGUCAUCAAAAAGAAAAUAAUCUGGGAUCCGGACAAUCCCGAGACGCACAUGUCGUUCGCCAGUUUUGUCAAAUCGAACAGAACGAAACCUUUACCGGAGGCACCUCCUCCAAAGGAAACAUUCACACCACCCCCUGCACCGGUGCGACUUCCGGGAACAGGAGGCAUUCGUCGGAAACGGGCUGAAUCCGUCGCCGUACACAUGAUAAAAGAUACUCCCCAAUUUGCUUUACCGCCACCGCGGAAACGAGCUCGUACUCCGGAACCUGUUUCCUCUAAGGCUCGCCCACCGGCGCCAGUUGCUCCGAAAAAUACAGCUCGGAAAAAGAAAAGUGAGAUUGAAAAAUUACUUGGCGAUGAAGGGGCCAUCAAUAUGCUGUACGAUGUUGAAUGCGAGAACAGCAACACGGACUUACUGAAAACUUCGGAUAUGAAGGUCGAUUCAGAUGACGAAGAUGAAAAACUCAUGGCCAAGGCUAAAAUUAUCGCUGACGCCGUCAUCAAGCAAGGGCACUCACCAAACGAUAACGUCACACACGUCCCGCGGAUGAGAACAAAAAGGGCGCCCACACCGCAAAAACAAACAUCCACCAGCCCGUCACCAGUAGCGCCCAGCACUUCUUCCGGCCCGUCACGCAAAUCUGGUGGCACUACAAACGGCCCAGGCCGUAAACGCAAACGGCCACAAUCCGGUUCGGAAGAUUGGGAUUACGUUUACAACUCCCGGAAGACCUGCGACGAUGCGAUGAUUAUCCGACGUCGCUCCAACAGCUCCUAUUCCAGUUCCACCAGCCCUCGCCGCCUAAGCGUCGACCAACCUAACACUUCAACAACUGAGACGUCCUCAGUAGAAACACCGGACAAGUCAAAUUUCGAAUUCAUCAAACCAUCCAACAAAUCCCCAUCCAAACUGGAGAACAUCAAACUAGACUCCUCCCUCGUGGCCAACAUGAAGGGAAAACUCAGCAAAGUUCUCGCCAGUAAACCCGCAGACAUAUCAAGCCCACCAACUCCUCCCACAAAACAGGAAAAGAAGCUCAAAGUCUCCCCAACCAAAGCACCCAGUACAGAAUCCAUUACAGCAACAGCAGCAACGUUGUCACCAACCAUAACGACCAGCACAGCAACCGUUCGCGUCGAAGAGAACGGCGCCGGCAAAAGUUGGGAAUCACUGCUCGAGCGGCUAACCGAGAUGAAACUGCAGGAGCUGAGCUUCAAGCGAUGCGGCAACUACGUGGAACUCACCCUGGCACCCAAAGAAACCAAACUGAAGGAUGUGUUCACCGUUGAGCUGAUCAACGAACUGAAAACCGUACUGAACAUACUGAAGAGCGACCCCAAUGUGAAGGCCGUUCUCAUACGAUCCAGCGGAAAGCAUUUCUGCCGGGGAAUAGACGUUUCGUACCUGAUUCAGACCAAUGCAGAAAAACGGAAAACUGCAGCUCAGGUGUACAGUGGUCAUUUACGAAAUUUCCUUCAAUCGAUGGCCACCUUUAGCAAACCUUUGGUAGCAGCCAUUCAUGGCGAUAUGGUAGGACUAGGUGUAACGAUGCUACCUCUCUUCGAUGUAGUCAUCGCUCAGGACAGUUCCACGUUCCAAACGCCAUACGGCAUAUUGGGGCACCUCCCAGAAGCAAUGAAAAUAUUCACUUCAACGAAAAAUUUAAAACCUAGAGCGAUAACGGAUCUGCUCUAUCUUUGUCGGAAAGUGUCGGUCAAUACAGCACUGGACUACGGACUCGUUUCAGAGGUGGUCAACUCCGAGAAAAUUCAAGAUCGGGCCGAUAGUAUCACCAAAAAGUUGGCUUCCCUUUCACAACAGGUAAGUUGAAAUAUGCUUUCAAGA